AUGAAGGUCUCUCAUAUUCUGGCGCUUAGCGCUCCCCUACUUGCUUUGGCAGCACCUACGCCUGCCAACAGCCAACUUUCCAAGAAAGCCGAGGCCGAGAGCUUCUUCCUUCAAACCGAUGUCGGUUGGUUCGACGGUGGCGAUAAGAAACGCGCCAUUUCUGAGAAGCCCUCGACCAAAAAGCGUGCUCCAGCUGACGCUGACGCUGAAAGCUUCUUCCUUCAAACAGACGUCGGGUGGUUUGACGGUGACCGAGCUGGUAUUAUCGGAGACCGCUUUCUCCGUGGAGAAACAGAUCUGUGGGAGGACUAUGCCGACGCAUGCCCUGAAGACUAUGAUGAGGAUCUUUCUGAAGUUUCUACUUUUUUCUGUGCUUCUAGAAAUGGCUGUGAUUAUGGCACCGAAGAUAUUUGCGAAUAUCACAGAAAGUUAGACGAGGAAGGCCGAGAUUCAGACAAUGAGCUCGACAGGAACGAUCCGUAUGACCUCAAGUACCUCGAGAUGAAGAUGGAUCGUCGUGACCGCAAGAGAGAAUUGCGAGCACAGAAAAAAUGGGAUGAAGAGAUGCGAAAGAAGAGGGAGAAAUACACAGAGCAAAUGAACGAAGAGAAGAGGAAGGAAGCUCAAAAAAUUAAAGUCUAUGAGGAUGCGGCCAAAGCUGGGGAUUUUUGGAGAGAGUGCAGAAAAGAAAUAAGACCUUGGGACACGUACGAAGAGGGUGCUGAGGAAGACGAUAUCGGACUCGAGAAGCGUUAUGUCGACGAAAUCCGAGACACUCUCGACCGGGCGCAAUCUCUUGAGGAGACGCCUGCUCCUCUCAACCUUGGCCUCAUGAGAAUUUUCAAGCUCUGGUCAGUCGAUCACCUCAAGCACUGCCCCCACGAGGUCGAUCCUUCGAUGUAUAUCGAGUUCAGUAGCUCAUUUGACUAUGGUCAAUUCAAUGAGGAACAGAUUCGGACGAUGAGAGCUGAAAAGCCCUCCGGGCACAUAUGUCUGCUCUCAGAUACUGUCAAACUCUUAGACAAUUUCACGCCACCAGAGUAUUGUAGCACCAAAACUCACAACUUGGGAACAAGCAAAGAGCCGGUAUACAUCCAGUUCUUGGACGACAAUUACUUGACACUCAAGAUCAGCCGCGAGACGGUAUUUCAAAAACGCGAGGAGGAGGUCCCUUGGAUUGCACCUGUGUUUUUUUACAUACUACGGAAUCAGUGA